AAAAAGGCAAAAAACCCGUGUGCCCGUGUCGUCGUCGUCGAUUCCCCUUUGUGGCUGUUUCCGGCUAAAAAUCUCUCUCACUUGGACGCCCCCGAGCUAGUGAGUUUCGACCCGAUUCUGAUAUCGUCAUCGAUGGCUCAUCUUCCCAGAGUUCUUAUGGUGGCGGAGAAGCCCAGCAUUGCCCUCUCCAUAGCAUCUGUUCUCUCUCGUGGCCAGAUGUCUACAAGGAGAGGCAGUACAGAGGUGCAUGAAUUUGAUGGCAUCUUUCGAGGCUUCAAAGCACAUUUUAGAGUUACAUCUGUUAUCGGACAUGUUUUCAGUGUAGAUUUCCCAGAAAAAUAUCAGAACUGGCAAACUGUUGAUCCACAAGAUCUUUUCGACGCUCCAGUUGCUAAAAAAGAGUCUAACCCAAAGGCUCAUAUUUGUAGGCAUUUAAGUAAUGAAGCUCGUGGUUGCAGUUAUAUGGUGUUGUGGUUGGAUUGCGAUCGUGAAGGAGAAAAUAUAUGUUUUGAAGUUAUCGAGUCUACUGGCUUUGACAUGAAAGAUAGUAAGAGAAAGGUUUAUCGGGCACGGUUUUCUUCUGUGACUGAGAAAGAUAUAUCAAAGGCCCUGGACAACCUUGUUGAACCAAACAGAGAUGAGGCACUGGCAGUAGAUGCUCGCCAAGAGAUAGAUCUAAAAGUUGGUGUAGCAUUCUCGCGAUUUCAAACAAGUUAUUUCCAAGGAAAAUAUCAGAAUCUCGACUGCAGAGUUAUCUCUUAUGGGCCAUGCCAGACUCCUACUCUUGGGUUUUGUGUGCAACGGUACAUGCAUAUUAAUACUUUCAACCCAGAAAAGUUUUGGGCUCUGCGACCUUAUAUAAUGAAGGAUGGUUAUGAGCUUCAACUAGAGUGGGAGAGACGUAGAUUGUUCGACCUGGAAGCUGCUACUGUGUUUCAAAAGUUGGUCGUGGAAGGCAGAACUGCAAAAGUAAUGGACGUAUCAGAAAAGCAGGAAGUUAAAGGUCGUCCAGCUGGUCUUAACACAGUGAAUUUGCUAAAGGUUGCUUCAAGUGCACUAGGGUUUGGGCCUCAGACGGCUAUGCAUCUUGCCGAGCGAUUGUAUACUCAAGGCUUCAUCAGCUAUCCGCGAACAGAAAGCACAGCCUAUCCUUCUUCAUUCGACUUCGCAGACACACUCAGAGCACAAAUUAGUAAUUCAAUGUGGGGUGGUUAUGUACAGAGACUGCUCUCAGAUGGCUUUCAAAAGCCAAAGUCAGGAACCGAUGCUGGAGACCAUCCUCCUAUCACCCCGAUGCGAGCAGCAACUGAGGACAUGGUUGGAGGAGAUGCUUGGCGACUCUAUCAGUAUGUCUGUCAACAUUUUAUUGGCACUGUCUCACCUAACUGCAAAUACAUAAGGACUAAAGUGGAAUUGUCAAUUGGUGGAGAAACUUUCCAUUGUACGGGGCAGCGAGUGACAGAAAAGGGGUUUACGGCUAUAAUGCCACGGUCUGCAGUGGAUGAGAAAAAACUCCCUUCUUUCCUCAAAGGAGAGAGGAUUGAAGUUUUAAGAGUGGAGCUGUACGAGGGAAACACUGCGCCUCCGGACUUCCUUACUGAGAGUGAGCUGAUAUCUCUAAUGGAGAAGCAUGGUAUAGGCACAGAUGCAUCAAUACCUGUGCAUAUAAACAACAUUGGUGAACGUAAUUAUGUUCAGGUCCAAUCUGGCAGGAAAUUGGUUCCAACGGCAUUAGGAAUCACGCUAAUAAGAGGCUAUCAGUGUAUUGAUCCAGACCUUUGCUUACCAGACAUCCGUAGCUUUAUCGAGCAACAAAUCACUCUUGUUGCCAAGGGCAAAGCUGAUCAUUCGUGUGUAGUGCAACAUGUGAUCCAGCAAUUUAGGCGUAAAUUCAGUUAUUUUGUUCAACAGAUCGAACACAUGGAUGCCCUGUUUGAAGCACAGUUCUCUCCUCUAGCUGGCUCUGGUCGCCCUUUAAGCAAAUGUGGAAAAUGCUUGCGUUACAUGAAACACAUCACAGCAGUCCCACCACGUCUCUUCUGCGGCACAUGCGAAGAAGUUUAUUAUCUUCCUCAAAAGGGCACAGUCAAGCUAUACAAAGAGCUCACAUGUCCUUUAGACAACUUUGAGCUCGUGAUCUAUUCAGUUCCAGGAGCCGAGGGGAAAUCAUUUCCACUAUGCCCAUACUGCUACAACUCUCCUCCAUUCGAAGGCAUAGACACACUCUUUGGAGCAUCUAAAACGCCCAAUGGUCCUGCCAAAUCGAAAACCGGUUCAGGCAUGCCAUGUUCACUCUGUCCUCAUCCCACAUGCCAACACUCUGUCAGAAACCAAGGAGUCUGCGCUUGUCCAGAGUGCGAAGGCACGCUCGUCUUGGACCCCGUGAGCUUCCCCAAGUGGAAACUCAACUGCAACUUGUGUAGUUGCAUCGUUUUUCUUCCGGAGGGUGCUCAUCGCAUAGCCACCACUAGUAACCGCUGUCCCGAGUGCGAUUCAGCAAUCAUAGAGAUCGAUUUUAACAAGAAAACUACUCCUCUAGAGAAAGGAGCCACUCUGCAUCAAGGAUGUGUUCUAUGUGAUGAGUUGCUUCUCUCAGUUGUAGAAGUGAAACAUGGGAGGUCCUUUGUGAGGCGUGGAGGAAGGGGAAGGGGACGAGGAAGAGGCCGAGGCAGAGGAGGGAGAAGAGGCUCAAAAGCUGUCGACCCAAAAAUGAGUUUCAGAGACUUCUAAAACCCUAGAGAACCCUAAAAUCCUUUUGUUUUUGCGAUACUUGCAUUACAACUUUACACAGUAAAAACAGAUGUAGAUUCAGUGAUCUUACGAGUUGCUUGCUUUGAAAGGAUCUCUUCAUACUUUUCUAGCUUAA